AUGCCACUCACUCUGCUUGCCCUCCCCUUGGAGAUCCUCCACUACAUUUGUAAUUGCCUUACCGACCAUGCCGAUGUGUCCAAUUUUCGCCUCGCGUGCCGCACGCUGAGCAGCGUUGGCCUUGACAACUUGGCGCCAACUGUUUCAUUUGCCAUCCUUCCAGAAAGCCUUGACCGCCUGAAGGCCAUUGCCGCCCAUCCUGUGCUCAGACACCACGUCUACACCGUCAUCUGCCUCACUGAUGUGCUGCCGUAUUACGAUUCAUUUGAAACCUGGAAGCGCAACGCGCAAGAGUCUGAUUUUCAUCUUGGAUGGGUUGUCCAGGCUGACGAUGAAUGGGCUCAAGAGUCCGAUAUACUUGCGCAAGCCCGACAUCAAAUUUCAGACGCCAAGCUACGGGAAGGAUGGCAGGCUUAUUUAUCAAACCUUGCUACUCAAGAGAAAGCUUUUCAGUCCUUGGAUGAUCCCCAGGAACUGAUAGAUGUGUUCAAGGGGUUGACUCAUCUUAAAAAUCUCGAGAUAAAGGGUUCUGAAAGUGACGGGGAUUCGCUUUCUACGCAGAUAUCAAAGAAACUCUUUGAUUCAUGUUUAGUCCGACCCAGCCCUAGGCUUGCUCGACCCUUCUUCCCUUUUGAAAGCAAUGGAUAUUUUGGAUCUCAUACUGCUAAACUGUUGACAUCCUUGUUGACCGCAGCUAGCGCUGUACACAGGGAAAUAGUCAGUCUGAGAGUAGACACGCUGGACUGCUGUUUCUUUGGAGAUGGCGGGCCAAAGAUUGAGUGUUUUGCGCAAGCCCUAAACAACCUCUGCCAUCUCAAACUAGAGUUAGCUGUCGAAGGGUUUGAAGAUAACUUUACAUCUUUGGACAAGGCUAGACAGGCCCUCUCCUCAGACCAUCUUCAGAACUUUCUUUGCUCGGCCCUUGAACUGGAAGUUCUCGAAAUUCAAUUCAUUAGCGACUCCUAUGAGCCAGUUCUUGGCAACAUAGCUAAGAUAUUUCCUACGGAAUCCAUCUGGCGUAGCCUAAGGGUUCUCGACCUAGAAGGCAUUUUCUUCACUCCAUCUUCUUUCCUGGACUUCCUUGGCUGCCACAGCGAGACCCUCAGACAUCUCUACCUAACUGACUGUGAUCUCGCUGCCGCCCAAGAACCAAUUUCCCCUGUUCUUGCCCCAGCGGGAGAAGAUCAAAGUUCGCCCAGCCUUCUCUGGUCAGACUUCUUUAUUCCCUUCUCGAGAAUGUUUUCCCUUGAGUCUUUCUAUAUCUCCGGCUUGUUAACAGUCAACCGUCCUCUUGACGAUGUGGCUCCCGACUAUAUUCAACCUCGUGAUGGAGUGCAGAAUAUCGGACUCACCGUCGGCAAGGUACUGCAGAUCUUGAUAUGCUCAGAGCCGUUCAACGCCUUCCUGAGGCGUAAAGUCGGGGGAUCGCAAGACAUAGACGCGGAUACAGUAAAGGCUCACAUGAUUGAGGAUUUGGUGGACAACGUCCCCAUAUUCAAAUGCGGCACGAGAGUUACCUGA